GACACUGGAGUACAGUGUAGCCAGCCGGUCCGGUACAAUGUAGCGGCAGCCAGACAGAGGAGAAAGGGCAGAAGCAGGAUUCUGAGAAGCCCCGAGUGAUCAUUCUGCUCCCGUUCUAUUGAUCGGAGCGGUCAUAUUACCAUGCCUUCGUGCAGGGGAGACUGGGCAAUCGUGCGGCAAUGAUGACUCCUCACUCAGGAUGAAAGGGUGGGAUGCUAUGGAAUAUGAUGAGAAGCUGGCUCGGUUCCGGCAGGCCCACCUCAACCCUUUCAACAAGCCGCUUGGACCAAGACAACAUGAACAGGACCCCAGUGAGAAGUCCCAAGAAGUCACUUCUGAAGAGACUCUGCCUGAGCUGCCCACUGGGGAGCCCGAGUUCCACUACUCUGAGCGCGUGAUGGAUCUUGGCCUGUCCGAAGACCACUUUUCCCGCCCUGUGGGUGUUUUCCUGGCCUCUGAUGUCCAGCAGCUGCGGCAGGCAAUUGAAGAGUGCAAGCAGGUGAUUCUGGAGCUGCCGGAGCAGUCAGAGAAACAGAAGGAUGCUGUGGUGAGGCUGAUUCACCUCCGGCUGAAGCUCCAGGAGCUGAAGGAUCCCAAUGAGGAGGAACCCAAUAUCCGGGUUCUCCUAGAGCAUCGCUUCUACAAGGAGAAGAGCAAGAGUGUCAAGCAAACCUGUGAUAAGUGCAACACCAUCAUCUGGGGCCUCAUCCAGACCUGGUACACCUGUACAGGGUGUUAUUACCGCUGUCACAGCAAGUGCCUGAACGUCAUCUCCAAACCCUGUGUCAGCUCCAAGGUUAGUCACCAGGCUGAGUAUGAGCUGAACAUCUGCCCUGAGACUGGGCUGGACAGCCAGGACUACCGAUGUGCUGAGUGCCGGGCCCCCAUCUCUCUGCGAGGUGUGCCGAGCGAGGCUCGACAGUGCGACUACACUGGCCAGUACUACUGCAGCCACUGCCACUGGAACGACCUGGCCGUGAUCCCCGCCCGAGUGGUGCAUAACUGGGACUUUGAGCCACGCAAGGUGUCCCGCUGCAGCAUGCGCUACCUGGCGUUGAUGGUGUCUCGGCCAGUGCUCCGGCUCCGGGAGAUUAACCCGCUGCUGUUUAACUACGUGGAAGAGCUGGUGGAGAUCCGGAAGCUGCGCCAGGACAUCCUGCUCAUGAAGCCAUACUUCAUCACCUGCAAGGAGGCCAUGGAGGCACGCUUGCUGCUGCAGCUCCAGGACCGACAGCAUUUUGUGGAGAAUGAUGAGAUGUACUCUAUCCAGGACCUCUUAGAGGUCCACAUGGGCCGCCUCAGCUGCUCGCUCACUGAGAUCCACACGCUCUUUGCCAAGCACAUCAAGCUGGACUGUGAGCGGUGCCAAGCCAAGGGGUUCGUGUGUGAACUCUGCAAAGAAGGUGACCUGCUGUUCCCGUUUGACAGCCAUACCUCUGUGUGCACCGACUGUUCCGCCGUCUUCCACAGGGACUGCUAUUACGACAACUCAACCACGUGCCCCAAGUGUGCCCGGCUCAACUUGAGGAAGCAGUCACUGUUCCAGGAACCUGGUCUGGAUGUGGAUGCCUAGAACAUUG